AUGGACUCGAAGAUCUGUGCGCUGGACGCUUGCAAUCCCACCAAUGGCGACGUAGGCAGCCCACCGAACGGCUCCGCCACCGCAAUGCAUAGCUCCGUAGCACCCUCCGUCGUUGCGUCCUUCGAGGCCAGCCUCGGCCGCCACCUCGCCAAAAUCGGCGUCGACGUCUUCUCCGUCCCCGGCGACUUCAACCUCACCCUCUUCGACCACCUCAUCGACGAGCCCGGCCUCAACCUCGUCGGCUACUGCAAUGAGCUCAACGCGGGGUAUGCCAUUGACGGCUACGCCCGCUGCUGCGGAGUCGGAGCCUGCAUCGUCAUUUUCACUUUCGGCGGUCUCAGCGUUCUCAACGCGAUCGCCAGAGCCUACAGCGAGAACCUGCCCCUUAUUUGA